AUGUCAACCGUCGCUCAAACCAAGCCUAAAAAAAAAACCGCUGCAGCAAAUAAGCCGCUUUCUCAUCCCACUUUCGCUGAGAUGAUAACUGAAGCAAUCGCAAACCUGAAAGAAAGAACCGGUUCAAGCCAAUAUGCUGUAACAAAAUUCAUCGAAGAGAAACACGAGGACUCACCUCCAACUUUCCGUAAGCUUGUCAAGUUUACCUAUCACAGAGUCACAGAAGAAAAAUCGAGAAUUUACCUCACAACAGUAGUGGUGGCUUCUCAAAUCAACAUAUAUCCACAUCACAGAAAUUCACACAGCGCUCAUAUUGUGCAUCAAAUGGCUAAGGAUAUGGGACUUACCUGCCAGAGGAGAAGGCUGUGGUCUGAGUAA